AGCGAGUUUGGGAUCGAGUUUGGGAGCCGGGAGCAGAGCAUGGCUGGGCUGCCCGGCGCGCCCGGCCCGCGCCUCCAGCGCGGGGCUGCGGCGGGCGAGGGGCGGCGCUGAGCGAAGCCCCGAACCCCUUCGGGACCCCCGGGAGCCCCGAACUCGCCGGCAUGGCCCGUUGGAUCCCCACCAAGCGCGAGAAGUACGGGGUCGCCAUCUACAACUACGAGGCUGCGCAGGACGUGGAGCUGUCCCUGCAGGUGGGGGACACUGUUCACAUCCUGGAAAUGUACGAAGGCUGGUACCGAGGAUACACACUCCGAAAUAAAUCCAAGAAGGGCAUUUUCCCAGAAACCUACAUCCAUUUAAAAGAGGCCAUCGUGAAGGACCGGGGGCAGCAUGAAACGGUGAUUCCCAGCGAGCUGCCGCUGGGCCAGGAGCUGACGUCCACGCUGCGGGAGUGGGCAGUGAUCUGGCACAGGCUGUACGUGAACAACAAAACCACGCAGUUCAGGCAUGUCCAGCAGCUCACCUACAGCCUGAUAGAGUGGAGAUCCCAAAUCCUCUCUGGGACCCUGCCCAAGGAUGAACUGGCUGAGCUCAAGAAAAAAGUCACUGCCAAGAUUGACUAUGGCAACAGGAUCCUGGGUCUGGACCUGGUAGUCCGAGAUGACAACGGGAACAUCCUGGACCCAGAUGAGACCAGCACAAUCUCCCUCUUCAAGGCCCAUGAAACUGCAUCCAAGAGGAUUGAUGAGAGGAUCCAGGAGGAGAAGUCCCUGCAGCAGAGUUUGGACCUCCGGGGGCAGCCAAUAUUCAACUCCACGCACACUUACAGCCUCUAUGUGAACUUCAAGAACUUUGUCUGCAACAUUGGGGAAGAUGCAGAGCUGCUGAUGAGCCUCUACGACCCUGACCUCUCCAAAUUCAUCAGCGAAAAUUACCUGGUCCGUUGGGGUAGCAAUGGGAUGCCAAAAGAAAUUGAGAAACUGAACAACCUCCAAGCAGUGUUUACUGACUUGAGCAGUUCUGACUUGAUCCGGCCCCGGAUCAGCCUGGUGUGCCAGAUCGUGCGCGUGGGGCGCAUGGAGCUGAAGGAUGGCAAGAAGCACACCUGCGGGCUCCGCAGGCCUUUCGGCGUGGCAGUGAUGGACAUCACUGACAUCAUCCACGGGAAGGUGGACGACGAGGAGAAGCAGCAUUUUAUCCCCUUCCAGCAGAUUGCCAUGGAAACCUACAUCAGGCAGCGGCAGCUCAUCAUGUCCCCCCUGAUCACCUCCCAUGGCAUCGGCGAGAACGAGCCACUCACCUCUGUCUUCAACAAAGUCAUCGCUGCCAAGGAGGUCAACCACAAAGGCCAAGGUCUCUGGGUCUCCCUGAAGCUGCUCCCUGGGGAUCUGGCUCAGGUUCAGAAGGAUUUUUCCCACCUUAUAGACAGAUCCACUGCAGUGGCUCGAAAAAUGGGGUUCCCUGAGAUCAUCCUUCCUGGUGACGUCCGGAAUGACAUCUACGUCACCCUGAUCCAGGGCGAGUUUGACAAAGGCAAGAAGAAAACCCCCAAGAACGUUGAGGUCACCAUGUCCGUGCAUGACGAGGAUGGCAACCUGCAGGAGAAAGCCAUCCACCCCGGGGCUGGCUACGAGGGAGUCUCGGAGUACAAGUCUGUGGUUUAUUACCAGGUCAAGCAGCCCUGCUGGUAUGAAACUGUCAAGGUGGCCAUUGCCAUAGAAGAAGUCAGUCGCUGCCACCUGAGGUUCACCUUCCGUCACCGCUCGUCCCAGGAGUCCAGGGAUAGGUCUGAGAGAGCUUUUGGCAUGGGCUUUGUGAAGCUGAUGAAUGCAGAUGGAACGACGCUGCAGGAUGGCAAACACAAUUUGAUCAUUUACAAGGGUGACAACAAGAAAAUGGAAGAUGCCAGGAGUUAUUUGACCCUUCCUUGCACCAAAACAGAAAUGGAGGAGAGGGAGGCUCCCUCAGGAAAAAACCUGCACCCUCUGGCCAACUUCACUCCCACCAAGGACAGCACCAAGGACAGCUUCCAGAUUGCCACCGUCAUCUGCUCCACCAAACUCACCCAGAAUGUUGACCUGCUGGGUUUGCUGAACUGGCGCUCCAACUCCCACAACAUUGCCCACAACCUCAGGAAGCUGAUGGAGGUGGAAGGAGGAGAAAUCGUGAAGUUUUUGCCAGACACCCUUGAUGCUCUUUUCAACAUCAUGAUGGAAAUGUCAGAAAAUGAAACCUAUGAUUUCCUGGUGUUUGAUGCCCUGGUAUUUAUUAUUUCUCUGAUUGGAGACAUCAAGUUCCAGCAUUUCAACACCGUGCUUGAGACUUACAUUUACAAACACUUCAGUGCAACCCUAGCCUAUGUGAAACUCACCAAAGUCCUGAACUGCUACGUGGGGAAUGCUGAGGACUCCAGCAAGACAGAGCUGCUCUUUGCAGCCCUGAAAGCCCUGAAAUACCUGUUCAGAUUCAUCGUGCAGUCGCGGGUAUUGUACCUGAGUGUUUAUGGGAAAAGUGAGGAUGGGAAUGAAUUCAAUGAUGCAAUUCGCCAGCUGUUCCUCUCCUUCAACAUCCUCAUGGACCGGCCCCUGGAGGAGGCUGUCAAGAUCAAGGGGGCAGCUUUGAAGUAUUUGCCGAGCAUCAUCAAUGAUGUCAAAUUGGUAUUUGACCCCGUUGAGCUCAGCAUCCUCUUCAGCAAGUUCAUCCAGAGCAUCCCUGACAACCAGCUGGUCCGGCAGAAGCUGAACUGCCUGACCAAGAUUGUGGAGAGUGACCUGUUCAAGCAGGCUGAGUGCAGAGAUGCCCUCCUGCCCCUGCUCAUCGAUCAACUCAGUGGGCAGCUGGAUGACAACUCCAGCAAGCCUGACCACGAGGCCAGCUCCCAGCUCCUGAGCAGUGUCCUGGAGGUCCUGGACCGCAAAGAUGUGGGUGCCACUGCUCUGCACACCCAGCUGAUGAUGGAGCGGCUGCUGCGCCGGGUCAACCGCACGGUGAUCGGGAUGAGCCGCCAGUCCCCGCACAUCGGGAUUUUCGUGGCCUGCAUGACAGCCAUCCUGAGGCAGAUGGAUGAUUUCCAUUACAGCCAUUACAUCAACACUUUCAAAACCAGGCAGGACAUCAUCGACUUCCUGAUGGAAACGUUCAUUAUGUUCAAGGACCUGAUUGGGAAGAACGUGUACGCAGCUGACUGGAUGGUCAUGAACAUGAUGCAGAGCAGGGUUUUCCUGCGUGCAGUGAACCAAUUCACCACUGUCCUCAACCGCUUCUUCCUGGAUCAAGCUCAUUUUGAGCUUCAGCUCUGGAAUAACUAUUUCCACCUGGCAGUGGCCUUCCUCACUCACGAGUCCCUCCAGCUGGAGACCUUCUCCCAGGCCAAACGCAACAAAAUCAUCAAGAAGUAUGGAGACAUGAGGAAAGAAAUUGGCUUCAAAAUCAGGGAUAUGUGGUAUAACCUGGGUCCUCACAAAAUAAAAUUCAUCCCAGCAAUGGUGGGGCCAAUCCUGGAGGUGACCCUGGUCCCAGAGCCUGAGCUGAGGAAAGCAACUAUUCCCAUUUUUUUUGACAUGAUGCAGUGUGAGUUCAACUUCAGUGGGAACGGGAACUUCCACAAGUUUGAAAAUGAGCUGAUCACCAAGCUGGACCAGGAGGUGGAGGGGGGCCGAGGGGAUGAGCAGUACAAGGUCCUGCUGGAGAAACUGCUCCUGGAGCACUGCAGGAAGCACAAGUACCUGUCAGCCCCGGGAGAGGUGUUUGCCCUGCUGGUCAGCAGCCUCCUGGAGAACCUGCUGGACUACAGGACCAUCAUGCACGACGAGAGCAAGGAGAACCGCAUGAGCUGCACUGUCAACGUGCUGAAUUUUUACAAGGAGAAGAAGCGAGAGGACAUUUACAUCAGGUAUCUGUACAAACUCAGGGACCUGCACACAGACUGUGAGAACUUCACUGAGGCUGCCUACACCCUGCUCCUGCACGCUGAGCUGCUCCAGUGGUCAGAGAAGCCCUGUGUCCCCCACCUGCUGCAGAGGGACACCUACUACGUGUACUCCCAGCAGGAGCUCAAGGAGAAACUCUACCAGGAGAUCAUCUCCUUCUUCGACAGGGGCAAGAUGUGGGAAAAAGCCAUUCAGCUGAGCAAGGAGCUGGCUGACAUGUAUGAAAACAAGGUCUUUGACUACGAGGGACUUGGUAAUCUCCUGAAAAAAAGAGCUACUUUUUAUGAGAAUAUCAUGAAGGCCAUGAGACCUCAGCCCGAGUACUUUGCUGUGGGAUACUAUGGACAGGGAUUUCCCUCUUUCCUGCGGAACAAGAUGUUCAUCUACCGUGGCAAGGAGUACGAGCGGAGGGAGGAUUUUAACCUGAAGCUGCUGACCCAGUUCCCCAGUGCUGAGAAGAUGACCAGCACAGCCCCUCCAGCAGAGGAGAUCAAGGCUUCCCCCAAACAGUAUGUGCAGUGCUUCAUUGUGAAGCCUGUGAUGAACCUGCCACCUCAUUACAAAGAUAAACCUGUUCCUGAACAGAUCUUAAACUACUACAGAGCCAACGAAGUGCAGCAAUUCACCCACUCCAGACCCGUCAGGAAAGGAGAGAAGGAUCCAGACAACGAGUUUGCUAACAUGUGGAUAGAAAGGACAACCUACACGACAGCUUAUUCCUUUCCAGGCAUCCUCAAGUGGUUUGAGGUCAAGCAGGUCACGACGGAGGAGAUCAGCCCCCUGGAGAAUGCCAUCGAAACCAUGGAGCUCACCAAUGAGAAGAUCACCAACAUUGUCCAGCAGCACACAUGGGACCGGAGCCUGCCCGUGCACCCCCUGUCCAUGCUGCUCAAUGGCAUCGUGGACCCCGCUGUCAUGGGUGGCUACACCAACUAUGAAAAGGCCUUCUUCACAGAGAAAUAUCUCCAAGAACAUCCUGAAGAUCAAGACAAAAUCGAGCUGCUCAAGCAGCAGAUUGCUAUACAGAUGCCUCUCCUGGCAGAGGGGAUCCGGAUCCAUGGGGAAAAGCUGACGGAGCAGCUGAGGCCCCUGCACGAGAGGCUCACAGCCUGCUUCAGGGAGCUCAGGAGGAAGGUGGAGACGCAGUACGGGGUCAUAAGUCUGCCCCCAGCGCUGACCGAGAGGAAGCCGAGCAGGUCGGGCUCGCUGGUGCUGCCCUACAUCAUGUCCUCCACCCUCAGGAGGCUCUCGGUCACCUCCGUGGCCUCAUCCGUGGCCUCCACCUCGUCCACCUCGUCCGACAGCGCUUCCUCCAGGCCGGGCUCGGACGGAUCUACCCUGGAGCCUCUCUUGGAGAGGAGAAUAUCCACAUCUUCCAGAGCUGAGGAGCUGCCCAUGAAAGACGACGGUGACAACAGGAUUAGCAAACUCAAGAGGAAGGAGUGGAGCAUUAGCAAGUCUCAGGUUAUUGUGGAGAAGGAGCCAGAAACAGAACUGACUUCCAAAAUGCAGGGCCCGGUGGGGAAGGUGCAGAGACCCAAGAGCCUGCAGCUGGGGGACACCAGGCUGAGCCUGCUGCAGGGCUCCUCGCUGCAGCCAGCCACCUGCAGCCCUCCCCCCAUCACCCCCAAAACCCCCCGGACCCACAGCUUCCCCUCUUUGCAGACUGAUGGGUUGGCCACGCCACCCCCCCCUCCACCCAAAAGCAAACCCUACGAGAGCAGCACCCCCAGGAACUCGGUGGAGGUUGCUCCGCCGCUGCCCAGCAGACGUGAGGCCAAACCUCCCCCUCCACCCCCAAAAACCAGGAAAUCCAGCGUGGUGUCCUCGGAGCAGGGGCUGCAGUGAGGAUUUGGGGUCACAGCAACGCCCAGCAUGCAGCGGUUGCUUCAUUUCCAGCCAGCCUGGUGAUCUCUCCUGCCAUUCCACCUGGAGUUUUCCUGGGAAAUGCCACCAAGGACAUGUUGUUGGGACUGGAUUCCCUCCCCUCUGUUUGCCU